AUGGCGUCCGGCUCCAAGCACCUCCUAUUCCGCUCAUCCGGCUGCGGUAGCAUUUCCGUCGAAGUGCUACUCAAGAUGCUCCAAGUGGAAUACGAUGUCGUAGACAUCAACUACAAGGAAUUGAAAGGCAACGUCGAAAACGAGUCCAUCAAGCGUCUGGCUCAACACAACCCGCUGAAGCAAAUACCGACCUUCAUCACCAAAGAGGGCGCAGUCCUCACCGAAUCCGCCGCCAUCCUCCUCCACCUCACCGAAGCUCACCGCCGCGAGACCGAAAAGCUCGGGCUGAGGCCGUUCAUCGACCAGGACCCCAAACGCGCCGCCGAGUUCACGAGGUGGAUGUUCUUUGCCGCGACGAACAUAUAUGCAGUCAUGGUGAUGAACGACACUCCCAAACGCUGGGUGGCCGACGACUCGAGCGAGGAGGCGGUGGAUGCGUUUCAGACUAAAGUCGACGACCGCAUGUACUUUGCGCUCCGGAUCCUUAACGACGGUGUUCAGGGGCCGUACAUCCUUGGCGACCGGUUGACGAUUCUUGAUGUGUAUGUGGCGAUGAUCUGCUGCUGGAUCAGAAACGGUAGCAAGGAGCGCUUUUCGGAGGAGCUUCCGAAAUUGCUGGAUGUCAUCGCGAAGGUGGAGGAGAACCCGAUUGUUAGGGAGGUUUGGCUCGAGAACGAGUUUGUUCCCAUUAAGAACUGA